AUGUCUUCCUGGCUGGGCGGCCUGGGCUCCGGCUUGGGCCAGUCCCUGGGUCAGGUCGGGGGCAGCCUGGCCAACCUCACCGGCCAGAUCUCCACCUUCACCAAGGACAUGCUGAUGGAGGACACGGUGCAAGUGGAAGCGGAAUUACCUAACGCUAGGAGAGAAGAAAUUGAAGCUGUUCAUGGGAUCUUAAGAUCAGAGAAUGAGAGACUUAAAAAACUUUGUGCUGACCUGGAAGAGAAGCAUGAAGCUUCAGAGCUUCAAAUAAAGCAGCAGUCUACCAGUUACCGAAAUGAACUGCAACAGAAGGAGGUGGAGAUCACCCAUCUGAAGGCCAGGCAGAUCGCGCUGCAGGACCAGCUGCUGAAGCUGCAGUCGGCCACUCAGUCCGCGGCGCCGGGAGCCGGUGGGAGGCCGUCAGCCUCUGCAGCGUCUUCCUUUGAGUAUGGCGUCGGCCAUCAUGGCUCAGCGCUCCAUGGUGAUGACAUGGACUUCAGUGAUGUGAUCUGGUCCCAACAAGAAAUAAACAGGUUGUCAAAUGAAGUUUCCAAGCUUGAGUCGGAAGUUGACCACUGGAGGCGUGUUGCCCAGACAGCAAAUAGCCCUGAUCAAAGUGUGAUCUGCAGACUGCAAAAUACCAUCAAGGAACUUAAACAGAACCAAAGCCAAGAUCUUGACGUCCAUCAGCAUGAAAUGUCAGUAUUGCAGAAUGCACAUCAACAGAAAUUGGCAGAAAUAACUCGUCGGCAUAGAGAAGAAUUAAGUGAUUAUGAAGAACGAAUUGAAGAACUUGAGACUCUUUUACAGCAAGCUGGCUCGGGAGUUGGCGUAACCGAUCACCCCAAAAUUCAUGAGAUGCAGAAAACUAUUCAUGCAUUACAAACAGAAAAAGUGGAGUGUACCCAAAAAAUGGAAGAACUAGAGAACAGAGUAAAAGGCAUAAAUGAAAAAUUAUCAUCUGCAGAGAAUGACAGAGACGUUUUAAGGCAAGAACAAGAACUGCUAAACAUGGAAAAGAGACAAGUCCUUGAGGAAUGUGAGCGCUUGAGGAGGGAAUGCAGUCACUUGCAGGCUUUGGCUGUGAAGCAGAGCAGCGCCGUGGCAGACAAGGAGAGAGCCCGGCGAGCAUCGGCGGACGAGGAUGUACUCGGCCUGCGACAGGCGCUCUCGGAUGCUGAAAAUGAAAUCAUGAGGCUGAAGAGUUUACACCAGCAAAGCAGUUCCACUGAAGACAGUCAGAACCUUCAGCAGCAUGUGCAGGCUUUACAAAAAGAGAAUUCAUUACUGAUUCAAGAAAAGGAAGAACUUCAGAUAUCACUUUCAAAAUUGAACAAUGAAUAUGAAACAAUGAAAAGUACAGCUAUGAGAGACAUGAAUGCAGAAUUAAAUAAGUUAAGACUUACUCUGGAGACAAAAGAACAAGAACUCAAUCAAAGUAUUACUGAAAAGGAAGUACUGGUGGCUGAAUUAGAAGAAUUGGAUAGACAGAACCAAGAAGCUACACAGCAUAUGAUUUUGAUGAAAGAUCAACUAUCAAAACAACAAUGUGAAGGAGAUAACAUGAUCCGUAAACUAAAACAGGACUUAGCUGAUGAAAAAAAGAGAGUAGAUCAACUUCAAGAUGAUAAAAUGAACAUUACUGAGGAGUUAGAUGUACAGAAACAGAAGUUGAUUCGAAGUGAACAGACCCUUAGUGAUGUACAUGUAGCCAGACAGAAGCUUGAGGAUAAAGUGAAAGAUUUAGUAGAUCAGCUGAAUGAGUUGCAAAAAAAUAAUUUAAGCACCCAGAAGGAGAACUUUGAGCUUAAGGAUCUUGUUAGACAGAACGAGGAGGAGCUUUCUAGAGUCAGGAAUGAGUUAACGCACGCUCUAGGGCAAGACUCGAGCAGUAACUUUGAGGAUGGUUUACUUAAAGAAAGGGAAGCCGAACUUAGAAACUUGAAGCAAGAUCUUUCAGAAAUGGAACAGAUUAAUGAAGAUUUAGAGAAAGCUACCUUUGACCUCAAAAUGGAAAAUGAGAAAUUGGCAUUAACAUGUGAAGAUGUAAGACAUCAAUUGCAGGAAUCUCUUGCUCGCCAUAAUCAGAUGUCUCUGGAAAAAGACUCCAUAGUGGAGUCUCUAAAACUGGAAAAAGGACAGUUAGAAGCGGAAUUGUGUCAGGCUGAAAAGAGGUUGGUGGAACGAACAAAGCAGUUUGAGCAGACCAUUGAAGAACUGUCAAACGCUCGGAACCUGGACAGCUCAGCUCUGCAGCUGGAACACGAGCGCUUAAUCAGAGUCACUCAAGACAAAGACUCUGAAAUCUCAGAGCUCAAAAGGAAUGUCGAGCAGGUGAACGCGGAUCACCAGGAAACGAAAGAGAUCCUGUCAUCGAGUUUGGAAGAACAGAAGCAGUUGACGCAGCUGAUAGAAGAGAAAGAAAUGGUUAUUGAAAAACUUCAAGGCAGAACCUUAGUGCUUCAGGAGGAAUUAGAUAAAUAUACUCAGGCCUUGAGAAAAAGUGAUGCUUCAAAGCAGAGUGUGGAGGAGAAAGACCGGAGUCUUGCAGCCAUGAAGGAGGAAAACAACCACCUGAAGGAAGAACUGGAGAGGCUCCGGGAACAGCAGAGCCGCACAGCUCCUGUGACUGACCCCAGGACCCUAGACGUCACCACAGAACUCGAGUCUGAGGUAUCUCGGCUGAAUAUAAUCAAGGGUGACCUUGAGGGGGAAAUCAAACAGUAUCAGAAGCUGCUUGACGACCAGAACCAAAGCAAGAGCCAGCUCCUUCAGUCUCUACAGGAGCAGCAGAAGGAGAUGAAGGAGUUUAAAUAUCAGCACGAGCAGAUGAGCGGCAGGAACGCCCAGCUCUUCCUCGAGAAAGGCGAGGACAUGAAGAGCUUGCAGAACACGGUAGGCCAGACCAGAGGCCAGCUGCAGGAGGAAAGACGGGGCGUUGGAACAGAGAAUGCAGAUAUUUUCCAAGAAACCAAAGUGCAGAGCCUUAGUAUAGAAAAUGGAAGUGAAAAGCAUGACUUGUCGAAGGCCGAAACGGAGAGAUUGGUGAAAGGAAUAAAGGAGCGUGAGCUGGAGAUUAAACUUCUGAACGAAAAGAAUAUAUCUUUAACGAAACAGAUUGAUCAGCUGUCCAAAGAUGAGGUUGGGAAGCUAACGCAGAUUAUCCAGCAGAAAGAUGUGGAGAUACAGACUCUUCAUGCCAGGAUCUCCUCAGCUUCCUACACCCAAGACGUCGUCUACCUUCAGCAGCAAGUGCAGGCCUAUGUCACAGAGAGAGAAAAAGUCUUAGCUGUCCUGAGUGAUAAGACGAGGGAGAAUAGCCACCUGAAAACGGAGUAUCACAAAAUGAUGGAGAUAGUCGCUGCCAGGGAAGCAGCCCUCACGAAACUGCAGGAGGAGAAUACACGAUUGUCUGCGGGCUUUGAAAGUAGCGGCCAGGACAUGUUUCGAGAAACAGUGCAGAACUUAUCACGUAUCAUUCGAGAGAAAGACAUCGAGAUCGACGCCUUGAGUCAGAAGUGCCAGACUCUGCUGACUGUCCUGCAGACCUCCGGCCCCGACAGCGAAGCUGGGAGUGUGAACAGCAAUCAGUUCGAGGAGCUACUGCAGGAGCGUGACAAACUCAAGCAGCAGGUGAAGAAGAUGGAGGAGUGGAAGCAGCAGGUGAUGACCACGGUCCAGAACAUGCAGCACGAGUCGGCCCAGCUCCAGGAGGAGCUUCACCAGCUGCAGGCACAGGUCUCUGUCGACAGCGACAACAACUCCAGGUUACAGGUGGACUACACUGGCCUGAUCCAAAGCUACGAACAGAAUGAAACCAAACUCAGGAACUUUGGCCAGGAGUUAGCCCAGGUUCAGCACAGCAUUGGGCAGCUGUGCAGUACCAAGGACCUUCUUUUAGGGAAGUUGGAUGUCAUUUCUCCACAGCUCUCCUCACUCACCUCCCAGACAGCAGAACCGCUGAGGGCCAGUAAGCCCGAUGAUGCGAGUGAGUCAGCUAACUUGCUUCAACAGGAGCUUGACGAGCUUCGGAAGUCACUGCAGGACAGAGAUGCCACCAUUCGGACUCUCCAGGAAAAUAAUCACAGACUGUCGGACUCCAUCGCAGCCACCUCCGAGCUGGGGCGGAGAGAGCACGAGCAGGCGGACUCAGAAAUGAAGCAGAUCAGGGAGAAACACGAUGCUUUACACAAUCUCUUGAAGGAAAAAGACCUCUUAAUCAAAACCCAAAGUGAUCAGCUGCUCUCUCUGAAUGAAAACUUGGCCAACAAGGCGAAUGAAAAUGAACUUUUGAGGCAGGCAGUGACAAACCUGAAGGAGAGAACGUUAAUUUUAGAAAUGGAUAUUUGUAAACUUAAAGAGGAAAACGAGAAAAUAGUAGAAGUGUCCCGGGGAAAGGAGACAGAGUAUCAAGCUUUGCAAGAGACAAAUGCGAAGUUUUCUAUGAUGUUGCGUGAGAAAGAGUUUGAAAGCCACACCAUGAAAGAGAAGGCUCUCGCUUUUGAGCAACUGUUGAAAGAAAAAGAACAGGGCAAGACGGGGGAGUUAAAUCAGCUUUUAAAUGCAGUUAAGUCAAUGCAGGAGAAGACGGUUGUGUUUCAGCAGGAAAGAGACCAGGUCAUGUUGGCUCUGAAACAGAAGCAGAUGGAGAACAGUGCCCUGCAGAACGAGGUCCAACAUUUACGUGACAAAGAAUCACGCUUAAACCAGGAGCUAGAGAGAUUACGUAACCAUCUUUUAGAAUCAGAAGAUUCUUACACCCGCGAAGCUUUGGCUGCAGAAGACAGGGAGGCUAAACUUAGGAAGAAAGUCACAGCAUUGGAGGAAAAGCUGUACUCAUCUUCUCAGGCAAUGGAAAAUGCAAGCCAUCAAGCCAGCAUGCAAGUGAUGUCACUGCAGGAACAGCUGAACCUGGUCUCCAAGCAGAGGGACGAGAAGGCGCUGCAGCUCUCCGCCUCUCAGGAGCAAGUGAAGCAGUACGCCCUGUCGCUCUCCAACCUGCAGAUGGUGCUCGAGCACUUCCAGCAAGAGGAAAAAGCUAUGUAUUCUGCUGAGCUGGAAAAGCAAAAACAGCUUGUAGGAGAAUGGAAGAAAAAGGCCGAAAACAUGGAAGGGAAGCUGACGUCCUUACAGGAACGUUUGGAUGAAGCGAAUGCUGCAUUGGAUUCAGCGUCAAGACUUACAGAGCAGUUAGAUCUGAAGGAAGAGCAAAUUGAAGAACUUAAAAAACACAAUGACCUCCAAAAAGAAAUGCUGGACGAUAUGCAGAAGAAGCUGAUGGAUUUAGUGAACAGCACGGAAGGGAAAGUGGAUAAAGUCCUGAUGAGAAACCUCUUCAUUGGACAUUUUCAUACGCCGAAAAAUAAGCGUCCUGAAGUGUUACGGUUAAUGGGCAGCAUCCUGGGCAUCAGGAGGGAGGACAUGGAGCAGUUGCUUAAUGAAGAUCAAGGGGGUGUUACCAGGUGGAUGACUGGGUGGCUCGGAGGAGGAUCAAAGAGUGUCCCCAACACGCCGCUGAGACCAAGCCAGCACUCUGUCUUCAACAGCUCUUUUUCAGAACUUUUUGUUAAGUUUCUAGAAACAGAAUCUCAUCCUUCUAUUCCACCACCAAAGCUUUCUGUUCAGGAUAUGAAGCCUCUGGAUUCACCGGGAAGGAGAACGCUAGCUACAAACGAACCAGAAAGUGUGAGAGAAACAGCAGGAUCCAGAACUGGGAGAAGAGCAGAUGUGAGUCCAUUCCUGGCUCCCCGUUCCGCGGCUGUGCCUCUUGUCAACCCGAGUGGACUUGGAAGUGGCGGGUCGGGGCAUCUUCUUUUGAAACCUAUCUCAGAUGUUCUGCCCACAUUUACACCUUUGCCAGUAUCGUCUGACAACAGCGCUGGAGUUGUACUGAAAGACCUUUUAAAGCAGUAG